AUGGACCACCACCUGCGCCGGCUGAAGCAGGAGCUGUUCAUCACAAAUUCCAGUUCCUUCUACGUGAAGUGUGUGACCACAGAGCCACUCUCCAUGAAGGAGGUCGGGGACGGGCUGCACGAGCAGAUGAACUGCAUGAUGGGUGCACUGCAGGAGCUGAAACUCCUCCAGGUCCAGACAGCUUUGGAGCAGCUGGACAUCUCAGGGAGCCGCAGCACCGCUUCUGGCAUUGAGCAGCACCAGUGCUGCCGAAGCAGCAGCGACGUGCCCGGGGCCCGGCAGGACGAGCGGCUGCGGGGGGAGGCGUCGGUGGACGAGCGCAGCCCCACGUCCCUCGCGUGUGCCGUGCCACGGCCGGUGGGUUUGUCCCAUCCUGCUGCGCUCCCGGAGGGUGGCCACCUUAGAGACACCCCCUCCUCCUUCAGGAGCCUCUGCGGUGAGGAUGUUUAUCACCCAAAAGGACCUUCCUCUGCAUCGAGCAGAGCAGAGCACGUCCGCCCAAGGACAUUCGAGCCCAGUAGCCAGGGCAUAGCUGGGGGGUGGCCAGCAUGCCGGGAGUGCCCGGGGUGUGAUGAUGGCCAUGACUGGACAUCCUCCCUAAUGUCCCAGAGCAGGAAUCGGCAGCCGCUGGUCUUGGGGGAUAACAUCUUUGCAGACUUGGUUGGGAACUGGUUGGAUCUGCCAGAGCUGGAUAAGAAGGGAGAGAAGAGCGAGGCGUCCCUGUCCAUGAGCAGAUCCCAGGAGCUCUGCAGGAAGUUCUCCCUCACAGCCAACAUCUUCAAGAAGUUCCUGAGGAGCGUUCGGCCAGACCGAGACAGGCUUCUCAAGGAGAAACCUUGCUGGCUUCCGCCUGAAGACAAACAGCCCGAAAUUUCUAAGAGACCCAAAAAGAUGAACAAACUCAAGGGGACAUUUUACUUCCCACUUCACGGGAACAUCCAGAACCAUCACAGCAAAGCGGAGAGGUGCCCAAAGGCAGAAAGCAAUAGCGAGAAACCCAAAAUUGGCACCAAGAAAGUCCACGAUACCAUAGACUACACCCAGUCUGGGUUUGACAUCAAUACUGCCGUUUGGGUCUGAGUUUGUCGGUGUCCUCUGCUCUGCCGAGCAUUUGUUUCACGCCAGAGAGGAGCUGGAGGCCAUACAUGUCUUUUCAGGAGACCCCUGAGCUCUCAACAUUGACUGAGAUGAGAGAGAAGUCCUCUGCAAA